AUGUCCAACCCAUCUGGCAGCCGCCAGAUCCCCGUCAACCUCUUCACGCGGAGCGAGUAUGCCAUUCCGGCUUCGACGUAUUUUAUCCCGGCCGAAUGGCGGCGGUUCCAGCUCUCUGAGCUGAUCAAUAAGGUCCUCGAGCAUGGUGGAGACAGCGGGAUUGCUCCUGUGCCCUUUGACUUUGUUGUUGAGGGCGAGGUGCUUCGCGGAUCGCUCGAUGCUUGGAUCAAAGCCAACCGCGGCGACGAUGAGGAAACAGCCAUCAACGUCGAGUACAUGCAGUCUGUGCUUCCGCCGUCCGAUGCCGGACGGUGGGAGCAGGAGGACUGGGUGUCGGGUCUGAGUGUCAAGCGUAGGGGAACCGUCUUGGUAUCGUCCUAUCUCUCGCACGUCCGCGUCCUCCCCCUCGCUGGGGGUCUCGGUGCCCCAACGCCUCUCUACACUCUUCCUCUUCCCACCGCCUUGGGCGCGACAUGCUGUACCUGGAUCGCCGACGACCUGGUCGCUGCCGGCGGUGUCGACCGCGCGACACACGUCUUCCGCAUCCCCUCCUUGGACCCCGCUGAAGCCGCCGCUGAAAACAACACCGCCCCCGAACUGUACACUUUGAUGGGCCACUCUGCUCCCAUCUCCUCAAUCGCAGCUGGCGCUGGACGUGAGCUCGCCAGUGCAGCAUGGGACGGCCAGAUCAACCUCUAUGUCCUCCCUGAAGACGAGCCGACCGAACACGAGCUCCCCGCCGAUCCGACCAGUUACUUGCCUGGUCAGAAGAAGAGGCGCAAGCUCGCCAAGGAGACGGGAGAGGGGCCGGCUCCGAUUGAGGGGUUCACGGAUGGAGACGCGACCGGCGAGAGCGGGAUGGGAUGGAGGCGCGCUCCAGCUCUUGUGCUUCGUGGUCACAAGGGGCGUGUGGGAGGAUUGACUUGGGAUGCCAAGGACGCUAGCCGGAUUUGGAGCGCAGGAUGGGAUGGGAGCGUGCGCGGAUGGGAUGCUGAGACGAGCAUCAAUGUCGUCGUUAGGCAAGGACCUUUGGACAAGGCACUGCUUUGCGUUUCGCAGUUUGCGCCCAGCGGGCAGCUCGCGGCGGGCAGCAUGGACCGUACGGUUACGCUGUGGGACACGCGCGAGGCUGCUAGCGUUAUUGCCGGCACGCUUCAUGUUGGUUCGCCUGUGCCGUCGAUCGCGUGCCACCCCACUUCGGCAUUCACCCUCGCAACCGCGACGUACUCUGGCACGGUGCAGAUCUGGGACGUGCGUUCGCCCAAGCACGCUCUGUUCAGCGUGCGGCACACGCCCUCGCGCGAGCAGACCAAGAACGGCAAAGCGCUCGGCGAGCGUCUCCUGGCCGUCGACUGGGACGGCGAGAUGCUGGUCGCGGGCGGUGAGGACGGUGAGGUUGGGCUGUGGCGCGCGCGUGGUGAAUAG